AUGGAUUUGAAGGUUAGCAACGGCACCGGCCUCGGGGACGAGCGCACCACAAGCCUGCUGCUGCUUGGCUUCCUGCAGAGCUGCCCCCACUCCUGCUUCCAGAGGGAGCUGGAGACGCUGGGUCAUGAGCUGCCUGGGCGCCUGGUCCAUGACGACGAGCUGCAGACCGACGGCAACCGCUACAGCCACUUCCCUUCGGCAGCGGCGGUGGAGACAGAUUCUGAGCGUCAGGAGGAGGCGGUCCGUGAUGUCGCCCGGCAGCUUGCCCAGAUUGGGGACAGGCUGGAAGGCAGCAUCCGCCCAGCAAUGGUGGCCGGUCUGGCCUCACGCUUCAGUAUCAGGAGCCUGUCGGAGGAGGACAGGAGACAGUGCCUGGCGGCUGCGCUGGAACAGCUCAUGCAAACCUGCCCCGCAGACAUGGACCACGAGAAGACCCAGCUCCUGCUUAUCAUGCUCUUGGCCAAAAAGAUAGCCGACCACUCGCCAGCCUUGCUCCGAGACAUCUUCCGCACAACGGUGACCUUCAUCAACCAGAACCUCAUCACCUAUGUGAGGAACUUAGUCCAGAAUGAGAUGGACUGA